CUUUUUCCGUUUCGCCAUUUUCCCCUUCUGUACCGGUCCUCUAGCCCGCUGUAGCCUGUAGCAACACCGUUUUCAAACCAGUCUGUGGCUGACGGUGGGAUAGAGGUCAACGGUAAGAAACACUUCUCCCGUCGCUACUUGGGUCCGUGAAUACUGCGAGAAUGUCAUCCGAGGAGAGCCCCGAGUACUCGCCAUUCUUCGCUGUGAUGGGAGCAUCCGCGGCCAUGGUCUUCAGCGCUCUAGGCGCGGCGUAUGGAACGGCGAAAAGUGGCACUGGCAUUGCUGCCAUGUCUGUGAUGAGGCCAGAGCUCAUCAUGAAGUCCAUCAUUCCUGUGGUCAUGGCGGGUAUCAUAGCCAUCUACGGGCUGGUGGUGGCGGUGCUGAUAGCAAACAACAUCUCAGAGAGGGUCACCCUGUACAAGAGCUUCCUUCAUCUCGGCGCCGGUCUGAGCGUGGGCCUUAGCGGUCUGGCGGCCGGCUUCGCCAUCGGGAUUGUAGGCGACGCUGGCGUGAGAGGCACGGCCCAGCAGCCCCGCCUCUUUGUGGGCAUGAUCUUGAUCCUGAUCUUCGCCGAGGUGCUGGGGCUUUACGGGCUGAUCGUGGCUCUCAUCCUGUCUACAAAAUAAGCGUCCGUGUCAAUGCAAUUUCAUUCAUUCCACAUCCAAGCAGCGAGAACAAAUAGAUUUUCACCAACUUCCAUGACACCAAGAGGGCCUGGCGGGACGGGAUGGCGAGCUGAAGCGUGUUGCCGUUGGACCUGGCAGUUUUGUCAUCAAUAGUCGUGAUCUACCCAAAUUGUAUUUUCCAAGCCAUCCAGUUGUGUCAGGUGGGGUGUACAGAGCGAGCAUGAAGAUGUGUUUGGUUGUUGUGGGAUGAUGUGUGGACAGUCUGCCUGAUGUGUUGUCUGAUUUUAUCCUGUACAGUGGUCACCCCCUUGUAAAUGUAGUAAUCGGUCUGUGCUGUGGUGAGUAUCAACGUUCACACCCAUUCCCUCUGUUUUUUUCUUUUUUUUUUUUUGCUUUUGUCAUUCUUACCUGACACUACAGCAGAAUUGUGCACAUCAGUAUUUUCUUUUAUUUGAAUGUUCUUUUUGGGGACCAUUUUUUGGAAUCACAGCAGUGAAGAGCUGUCAACUUUUGUUUUGCUAUUUAUGGAACGCUAUGAAGACUUAAUGAAAUUGUCUAAAUGGAGUACUGUUUAUGAAAUACCCUAUACACAUUCAAAUAUAUACAUUAUCUGUGUAUAGUUAGAGUAAUUGCACUGUUGGUAAUUGUUCUAAGUGCUUGAAAUUCCUCUGGAUGUAGUGUGACUCAUUAUUGGAGGAUGUCCACAUGUUGAAAGUGUGCGUGACCUGAAUGCAUCGUGUGCAAAUACAUUUAUGUUUACUAUGGCAUCCUCAAAGACUAUUAUUGUUAACCUGUAGUGCUGCUGUCUUGAUUUUGUUUGUUUUGAGAUCACUGUUCAACUGUGGUAUUCAGAUUUCCAAAUAAAACUCAUCCUCCUCCAGAA